GUGGUAACCCCGGCUUCCCUAGCAACCGAGCGGGCUUGAGUCCUCCUCACUCUCGCCGGCUGCCUCCCAGGAUGCCGCUGCAGGUUAGCAAUUAUAGCUGGCAGCAGACGAGCACUGCGGUCUUCAUCUCUGUGCCCCUCCGAGGCGUCAGCGUCCGAGACGCGGACGUGUUCUGCACCGAAAAUUAUCUGAAGGUGAACAGCCCUCCAUUUUUAUUCGAGGUGUUUCUCUAUGCUCCCAUAGACGAUGAGAGCAGCAGAGCCAAGAUUGGGAAUAACAUUAUUGUUUUCACCCUGCACAAAAAAGAAGCAGCCAUGUGGGAGACCCUUUCUCUGUCAGGUGUUGACAAAGAGAUGAUGCAAAGAAUAAGAGAGAAAUCUAUCCUACAAGCACAGGAAAGAGCAAAAGAAGCUAUGGAAGCAAAAGCUGUGGCAAGGAGGGAAGAUCAAAAAUAUACACUAGGUGUCAUGAUGAAGAUUGAAGAGGAAGAGAGGAAAAAGAUAGAAGAUAUGAAAGAAAAUGAACGGAUAAAAGCAACUAAAGAAUUGGAAGCCUGGAAAGAAUGUCAAAGAAAAGCGGAAGAACUUAAAAUAAUUCAGAGGGAAGAAAAAUUAUAUCAUCAAGAAAAGCAAAUGAAAGAAGAGAGAAAAAAAUUAAAACAUAAAUGUCUUACUGGGAAUUCAGCAUCUAAAAAUCUUGCCACAAAAGGUACGGUGAUUAACAGUUUCUGGGAAAGGAGAAAUUCAGAAAAUAUAUUUUUUGAGAAGUUAAAGGAAGACAGUAUUCCUGCUCCUCGCUCUGUUGGCAGUAUUAAAAUCAGUUUUACUCCUCGAGUAUUCCCGACAGCUCUCCGGGAAUCGCAAGUAGCAGAAGAAGAGGAGUGGCUACAUAAACAAGCAGAGGCACGAAGAGCAAUGAAUACUGAUAUUCCUGAACUUUGUGAUUUAAAAGAAGAGGAAAAGAACCCAGAAUGGUUGAAGGACAAAGGAAACAAAUUGUUUGCAACGGAAAACUAUUUGGCAGCUAUUAAUGCAUACAACUUAGCCAUAAGACUAAAUAAUAAGAUUCCACUACUGUAUUUGAAUCGGGCUGCUUGCCACCUAAAACUGAAAAACUUACACAAGGCCAUCGAAGAUUCUUCUAAGGCCCUAGAAAUACUGAUACCACCUGUUGCAGACAAUGCUAAUGCAAGAAUGAAGGCAUACAUACGUCGUGGAACAGCAUUCUGUCAACUAGAAUUGUAUGUAGAAGGCCUACAGGAUUAUGAAGCUGCUCUUAAGAUUGAUCCAUCGAACAAAAUUGUACAAAAUGAUGCUGAGAAGAUUCGGAAUAUAAUUCAAGGAACAGAACUAGAAUCUAAAUGACUAUUAGAAGCGAGUAGGUAUUGUUCUAAGUUUAACAAAAUAACUGGAGGCAUUAGAAAUCUGUGCAUAUUACGGCAGAUGAUACAGAAUCACUUUGUGUUUAGUUCCAUAGAGGGCAGAAUAUUAUAAAUCUGUAGAAAAUGAAAUGUUUGAUUUGAAUGGUUUUUGAAUAAGUAAAUCAAAAUAAGAGUAAUUAUUUAAAUUAUCUGUUUCAUAUUGCUACCGGAUUUUUUUUGUUACUGAAUUCAGCUUGCCCUUACAACUAACAAUAUAUUUGUUGGUGUGAUUAACAGGACACUUACUGAUUCAUUUUUAACAAGAAGUUUAAAAUAAAAGAUUGUGUUUAUAAAAUA